GCUCCGGCCCUGGAAGCCGGAGAGGGAGGGAAACCGACGCGGGCGCUGACAUGGGCUGGCUGUCCCCGCGCCUCGCGGAGCCCACCCAGCGCAGAGCCCAGCGGAGCCCGCCGCGCGCUCGCUUCUCCGGGGACUCAGCUCUAUGAGCCCUCCCUCCCCGGCCCCUGCACCCGCCGGACCUCACCUCUGACGCCAGCCUCACCUGCAGCCUCGGAGGCCCCGCCUCCACCCCCCGGGGCACGAUGCCCAUCCUCAAGCAGCUGGUGUCCAGCUCCGUGCACUCCAAGCGCCGCUCCCGCGUGGACCUCACGGCCGAGAUGAUCAGCGCGCCGCUGGGCGACUUCCGCCACACCAUGCACGUGGGCCGGGCGGGGGACGCCUUUGGGGACACCUCCUUCCUCAACAGCAAGGCUGGGGAGCUGGAGGGCGAGCCCCCGGACGAGCAGGCGUCCACCUCGUCCUCCAAGCGCGGCCUCCUGUCCCGGAAAUUCCGGGGCAGCAAGCGGUCGCAGUCGGUGACCCGGGGGGACCGGGAGCAGAGGGACAUGCUGGGCUCGCUGCGGGACUCGGCCCUGUUUGUCAAGAACGCCAUGUCCCUGCCCCAGCUGAACGAGAAGGAGGCCGCGGAGAGGGGCGCCGGCAAGCUGCCCAAGAGCCUGUCGUCCAGCCCCGUGAAGAAGGCCAACGGCGGGGAGGGUGACCCGGAGGCGGCCCGUGUGGAGGAGGUGCCCCGGCGGCGGAACGGGGCCACCUCCCCCCACUCCCUCGACCCCCUCCUGGACGAGCGGGCCUUCGGGGACCUGACGGAUCUGCCCGUCAUGCCCAAGGCCGGCUUCGGGCUGAAGCACGCCGAGUCCAUCAUGUCCUUCCACAUUGAUCUGGGGCCCUCCAUGCUGGGCGACGUCCUGAGCAUCAUGAACAAGGAGGAGUGGGAUCCAGAGGAAGAGGAUGGCGGUUUCCACGGCGACGACGAGGAGCCGGGCAGUCUCCCCAAGGUUCCCCUCUCUGGGUCGGGGGCCCCUCUCCCAUCCAGGCAGGAAGGCAAGGCCAGCCAGGACUCGCCCCCACAGCCCCAGGCUCUGCAGGACGAGGGCUGGGCGGCCGCCGCCCCCAGUCCCGGCUCCGCCCGCAGCACGGGCAGCCACACCACGCGGGACAGCAGCUCCCUGUCCAGCUGCACCUCCAGCGUCCUGGAGGAGCGCAGCCCCGCCUUCCAGGGGCCGGAGAAGGCCCAGGCCCCUCUCCCCAGGCAGCCCGACAAGGAGUUCUCCUUCAUGGAUGAGGAGGAGGAGGAUGAGAUCCGAGUGUGAGGCCGGCCGCGGUGGCUCCCCGCUCGUGGCCCCCGUCUCCCUGCCUCCAGCCCACCCCCUUCCCGUUCAGGGGCAGCCAAGAGCCUGGCUUCGGCCACGGACCCUGGGCCUCACGGAGGAGGGGCGCUGGCCGGGCCUGGGGCCCGUGGAGGACUUGGGGAGCUGGCCCUGGUGCCCGACGUUGUCCCGCAGCCCGGCCUCCCCGAGCUCCGUGGGCCGGGGCUGUGUUCUCACAGCAGGAAUCCGUUUCCUGUUCUCCACGUUGGCCUCAGGUGGCAGCCAGGUGUCCACCGGGGUGCCCGCCUGCCGCCUGCAGUGGUGCAGGUGGGCUCAGGGGCGACCUUCGGCCGGGGCUAAGGACAGGGCUCUCCUGCCUGCCCCCAUCCCCCCCCGGAGUUCCUGCUGUGGCCCGG